AUGGCGAGCGGACACGGCAUUUUCAGACGACGCCAUGGAAUGAUACUUAGAGCCUCAACGAGGGCGAGAUCGCGCCCCUGGGCAUCCCUGCCCGCCGAGAUCCGCCUCAGGAUCAUAGAGGGGGUUGCACAGCAGAAGCACGCGGGCUGGGCUUCGUUGGCCUCUGUCUACAAGGAGUGGCAAUUCGUAAUCGCCCAGGAGAAUUUCCGUCGGCUCAAGUUACGGCCGUCUUGCCUGGACGACUUUGAACGUUUGGUCGUUCGGCAUCGGCACCUCAUCCGCCACAUUCUGCUUGAAAUCGAGUUCCCGAGAUACUCGUGCCGAAACUGCAACAGAGAUACGUCAGUCAGCGAGAUAAAUCGAGAGCACUUGUCGAUCAGCAGCGGCAUCUCGAAGUUAUUACGGAUCCUCGGCGCCUGGGAGUCUGCGCAGCAGCGUGAUGAAGCACUUACCACCGGUGACCAACUUCCAAACGGUCUCACAUUGGAGCUAAACGCCUAUUCUCCCAGCGAUUCAGAACACUGGUUCAAGAACUACCAUUUCCAAACUGAGGUUGAUGAUGGCAACAAUGACAAUGACGACAAGUACAAACCGCACGAUCCGGCGCACGGCUGGAUCGAUGGCCAACAGGUGCUCCCGCCUCCUGCGACGGCCUUCCAGCGGCUCUUCCCAAACCAUCCGAUCCUCUUUGACUCCCUACAAUUUGAAGAUAUUCCUCCAGUUGGUAGCAUCACGCGCCUCGUUAUACCCCGGGGUCUCCGGCGCUCCUUUCACUCUGUUUCCCUCCUUGAACUGUUGCGAAACAUGAGUGCCGUGGAGCACCUGGUUUUCGAGCCGUGGCGGCAGUGGGAUGUCGAGUCCAGAGAGAGGUAUGAUAGCGAACAAGGGUGGGUGCCCGAGUUCGAGGCCGCGCGCGUCGUGGAUCCGCGGAUUGGCGCUGCCUUUGCUUCGAGAAGCUGCGACCUCGAACAGCUCUCGGUGUCGUACAUGGUGAACGCCGAGCUCCUCCAGCAUGGUUCGAGGCACCGGGAGCGUAUCGAUGCCUUGCUCUACUUGGCCGGCACGGCGGCGCUGCGUAUGCCCAAGCUGCGGGAUCUGGCCAUCUGGGACGGCCGGGAGGGAAACGCGUGUGCAUUCAUCUACCAUACAGACCGCCACUAUGCCCAUGUUACCUGGCGCGGCACGUAG